UGGGCACCACUGCUUCAAGCCCUAAUACCAGCGCACCAGCCUCGUCCGCAGAAAGCACAAAAAAAAAAAUUUCAUCAGACGCUAAUCAGAGUCGUAGAAGCAAGUAAAAGUUAGUCUUUCUUCCGUAAAAUUUCCAGAUCUGUUUCCUUUUGCUUCAGCAGUAUUCCAGUCUGUGUCCAUCCAUCUGAGUGAUUUUUCCUGUUGAAAAUGACCAGAAAAAGGGGAAAGAAGCAGAAUGAAAAACCUGAUGAAAGUGCUCGUGAGGGUGAAACAAGAGGACCUGAAGUUACCCAAGCUAUGGAGCAACUUACUCUAGGCCCACAAACUGUGCAGCAACAUCCAGCUGAACAUUCAGGGGUGCAGCAGCGUCCUGCCGGACCUCCAGGCGUGCAACAGCGUCCUGCUGGACCUCCAGGUCUACAGCAACGUCCUGUCGGACCUCCAGGGCUACAGCAGCGUCCCGCUGGACCUCUAGGGUUACAGCAGCGUCCCGCUGGACCUCCAGGCCUACAGCAACGUCCUUUCGGACCUCCAGGGCUACAGCAGCCUUCUGCCGGACUUCCAAGCAUGCAGCAGCAAGCAGUUGGGUUUCAAGGCGUCCAGGAACAUCCUACUGGGGGCCAAGGCAUUCAACAGGAACGUCCUGCUGGACCUCCGGGCAUGCAGCAACGUCCUCCUGGACCACAAGGCAUGCAGCAACGUCCUCCUGGACCACAAGGCAUGCAGCAACGUCCUCCUGGACCACAAGGCAUGCAGCAACGUCCUCCUGGACCACAAGGCAUGCAGCAACGUCCUCCUGGACCACAAGGCAUGCAGCAACGUCCCGCUGGACCCCAAGGCAUGCAGCAGCGUCCUGCCGGACCACAAAGCAUGCAACAGCGUCCAGCUGUACCCCAAGAUAUGCAACAGCGUCCAGCCGGACCACAGGGCAUGCAGCAACGUCCUGCUGGACCGCAAGUCGCGCAACAGCGUCCAGCUGUACCCCAAGAUAUGCAACAGCGUCCAGCCGGACCACAAGGCAUGCAGCAACGUCCUGCUGGACCGCAAGUCGCGCAACAACGCCCUGCUGGACCACAAACUGCGCAGGAACGCCCUGCUGGACCGCAGGCCACACAGCAACGUCCUGCUGGACCGCAAGUCGCGCAACAACGCCGUGCCGGACCAUCAGCUGUGCAACAGCCUGUUGUUCCUCAAACUCAGAUAAGCCGGCCAAUGGCUCAAGGUGGUGCCCUUCGUCCUCCUCCCCGCCAAGCUGCCGGUGGUGUGGGAACCCUAGGCCGCCCGAUUCCUCUUUCUGCAAAUCAUUUUGCGAUUAAUAUGAGAAAGCAAAUACUUUACCAUUAUGACGUUGAUGUCAAACCUCUACCGUCAAAGACACUAUUCAGGAAGGUCGUUGAACAGUUUUUGGGAAGCGAUGCGCGGUUUAAAAAUAUUCGCCCUGUCUUUGAUUCCAAGAAGAAUAUCUACACUGCUUGUCGAGUGCCUGGCCUGGAUUCCAAGUUGGAAAUCAAAUUCGAAUUUCAAGAAAUGGACCGAGAUCCACCCAGGAUCAACGAAUUCACCAUAUAUUUGCAGCCCACUGGAGAGGUAGAAAUAGACCUAUCGGCACUGGCGAGUUAUUGUCAAUCUGGUUCGUCUGUUGAUAUCCCGCUCCGUCCCAUUCAAGCGUUAGAUAUUGCCAUGAAAUAUGGUGCUGCCCAGCGACCCACGAAAGUGAUGCUCGGUAGUUGCUUACUAAGUAAACCAACUGGAAGACCACAAGAACUUGGUGGAGGAGUAGAAGUCUGGUUUGGUCAUUUCCAAUCCUUGCGCCUUGGUUGGAAACCUUUCCUUAAUGUAGAUGCGACUCAACGUGCGUUCCUGAAAUCGGGUAAAGUACAUCUGAUAAUGGCAGAGAUGUUCAAUACUAGGCCUGGAGAAGAAUUAUACGAUCGUGACUACAUGGAUUUCAGCAAGAAAAUUGCUACAUUGAAGGUUUCCUAUAACCGCGGUCAAUACAUUGCCACUGUCGGAUGCAAUGGCAUUAAAGGUUCCGCCAGCACUGAAAAAUUUGAAUGCGAUGGCCAGCAAGUUACAGUGCAACAAUAUUUCGAGAGAAAACUUAAUAUGAAGUUGCAGUAUCCUCAUCUGCCGUGCGUGUGGGUGGGAAGCCGAGAAAAGAGAAAUCUGGUUCCGAUGGAGUUGUGCUUGAUAGCCGAAGGCCAGGAAUAUCGACGUAAGUUGACUGAUUUUCAAACAUCGGCCAUGAUAAAAGUUGCAGCAACACCCGCCGAUGUUCGCAAAAAGAAAAUCCUCGAUAGCGUUCGUAGUAUGGAAUUCGACCGGGAUCAAUAUGCUCAACAUUUCGGCAUUUCUGUCGACAGCCAAAUGGCAAAAAUUCAAGGGCGAGUGCUACCAACACCGAAGCUUGUCUAUGGAGAUAAAGAAUCUACUCCUAUAAUGCCUAGGGAUGGUGUUUGGAAUAUGAGAAACAUGAAAUUUAUAGAAGCCAAGUCAAUGAAUGCCUACGGUAUAUUGAAUAUUACAAGAUGUCAAGAUCGUGACAUAGAAACUUUCGUUAUGGCAUUGACUAGAGCUGGCCGGGAAAUGGGCAUGACCAUGGGUAACCCGCUGUUCAACAGGCCUUGUAGUCUUGCCAACUUGGAGAAAACAAUGAAAGAGGCAAAACAAAAAUUCCCGCAACUUCAAAUAAUUUUUGUCAUCAUUAACCGCAAAGGAGACCCUGCGUAUGAAAUUGUCAAACGUGUUGGGGAUUUGGAUAUCAAAAUCACAACACAAUGCAUUCAGCAAAAAAACGUUCAAGGCAGAAAUGGCCCAGAUCCAUCAACGAUGGCGAACAUUUGUUUGAAGCUCAAUGCUAAGUUAGGAGGAAUCAACAAUUUGAUUGCACGUGAUUUUCGCCCCAAGGUUCUGUUGGAACAACAAGUCAUCAUCAUGGGAGCGGAUGUCACUCAUCCCGGUGCAGACCAACAAGAUUCCGGUAAACCUUCAAUUGCUGCUGUGGUAGGGAGCGUAGAUCCCCGUGCCUCUCAGUAUUGCUGUGAGAUAAGAAUUCAAAAAUCGAAACAAGAGUAUAUCGAAGAUAUGGAAAACAUGGUUUACAAUUUGCUGCGCAAAUUCAACAGAGUAGCUGGAACAACGUCCACAGGAAAGCCUCAACGCAUAAUUUUCUACCGCGAUGGCGUGAGCGAAGGGCAAUUUGCUAAGGUACUGGAGUGGGAGCUAUCUGCCAUACGCAAAGCUUGCAUGAAACUCGAGAACGGCUACAAUCCGCCAGUCACUUUCAUUGUAGUUCAGAAACGUCAUCAUACUCGUCUUUUUCCGGAAGAUCCACGAGAUGAGUGUGGCCGUGGAAAGAACGUCCCACCGGGAACAAUAGUUGAUAACACCAUUGUACAUCCUGUCGAGCAAGACUUUUUCUUAGUUUCACAUCAAGGCAUCCAGGGUACAAGCCGACCAACUCAUUAUCAUGUUCUUUGGGAUGACGCUAAACUGCACGCUAAUGAAAUUCAGAUGCUCACUUACUACAUGUGCUAUCUGUUUACCCGAUGCACCCGGUCAGUGUCGUAUCCGGCGCCGUGCUAUUACUCGCAUCUGGUAGCUUUUCGUGGAAGACAGUAUUAUGACAAUCUAACGGGGAACCGUCAAUCCGUGACCUCCAGUGCUUUGCAAGCUCACAUUGAUUCUACCCGAGAUUUGAGCUUCAUGUUCUUUGUUUGAACACGAGUCGUACUAUUCUAUUUUUUUUUCCUACUUACCUGGGGGUUAAGAGUUGCUUCUCCUUUUUCAAAGAUAAGAAAACUGGUUGGUUUCCUUGUGAUUUCCUUUCGUUUGAUGCCGUCUUGAUGACAUGAAAAGGUGAUUGUCUAGUUUCAGCAUCAACGCGAUCUUUUUCAUUUUUCGCUAUAUUUUCAUGUAUCUGGAAUUAUUUGUUAAAAUAUACCCAUUUAUUACAUAA